AUGCGGAUUAGUGCUACCUCCUCUUUCGUCUUUCCUUGGCAGGAGCUCAUCAUUUGGAAUUUGGUCGUCCCACUCGGCGAGCUGAAGUGGCCUGGGAUUUUGCAGGCGGUGUUGGUUAAAAUCUCCCAGGCACAUCUGAACAGAGGCGUGCGACCGAAGGAUCCCAGACUUCUUCUAAAUCCGUCAGAGCAAACAACAGCUGCUCAUGGUGGUCUCGAGGCUGUUCCCUUUGCCGUGCGCAGACUGAGGGUCAUGGAAAGGCUUAUCAGACCGGGAAACACUGGGUUGACUGAGAGUGACUAUCAACCCGACAGCCUACAGCUUGUUCGAGACUUCGAGGAUACAGCUGUAGAACUGUACAAAACAAUCCUUGUGUUUCAGAUUCGACUCGUGAGACAGCAUUCACGUAACUGGGCAAAACGAUACGGGCGGGACGUUUUCAAAGCCGAUGACUGGGCAGAUCUAACAAGUCGGAUCAAGACCCUUGAGGCAAAGUGCACCGAGAUUGCUCAAGACUUGAGUCGUGAACGAAUUGAAAGAGCUCUGCAAGAUAGUGAGCAUGACAUGCAGAGUGGUCUGCAGAAGAUUCAACAAGAGUUGGAGAAGACCACGCAUGGCAUUGAAAAGCAGACCAUGAUGCAAUCGACCUGGCGUCAGACCGACGAGGAGCGCAAUUGUAACGCCAAAAAGGGUCUUGGAAACGGGAAAUUGGUUUUUGGAGAAUAA